ACAACCACCGCAACUCCAGCCCAUUGCUGCUGCAUCUCUAAUUUCUGCAAACCUGUACCGCCGUAUUCUUCACUCUCUGUACCAUGGCUACCUCGACGCGCCAACCCUUUGCCGAGCUCGGCUCGUCCCGGCUGCAAGGACUGCACAGCGCAAAGAAUCGCCAGAAUUCCAUCUCCAAGCUUUCCCCCUCGCAGAGCUUGAAGCUUGCCCCCGGUCCGUCAACGGGUAAGCGCCAGCGCGCGCCCGAGAUCUUCGAGGAUGCCGAUUCCGAGAACGUGGACCCUCUCGUCUUUAGCAGCCCGACUAAGAAGACCAAAACCACCACCGCCAUCACUAGUGAUGCCGGAUUCGUCAAGCCAGCCAGCUUCCCAGCCUUCACCUCGCCCAUCAAGACCAGCACUAGCCUCACCUCCACGCCUUCCGUCUCGUCUUCCCGCAAGGCCCGCUCAUCGCCCAGCUCCACCAAGUCGACGCCCAUCACCAACAGCCGCGGAUCGCCAAAGAACAAGCGUCUCCAUGCCAUUUCCAAGCGUCGCGCCUCCACCUCGCCUUUCCGACGCGUCGACCCCCCGGCCUUUACCAAGAGCAGCCCAGGACUUCCCUUCUCCAUUGACGCAGCACUAAGUGGUUCCAUCUCUACCUACACCCCCAAAGCACCCAAAGUAACAGCCACGCCCGCCUCCGCCCCCGCCCAGCAAGCUAGCGCACUUGACGAAACUAUGCCCAAGGCCUGGUUCUUCGAGAUUCACGAGGAUACCCCCGAGCAGGAGGCCUCCAACCUCAUGGAACACUCUGCCUCUACCCUUGACAUCUCAUCCGAUGACGACGUCGAGACCAAGACACGCAACGAGGACCGCGGAAAGGAGAAUAUCCCACCCCCAGGCUUCCGUGCCUCGCAGCCCCGCUCUCAGGCAGCCACUCUGGUUGAGGAUGACGGCUAUGAGACGGAGAUUCUCGGUGAUGAGCCUAUUAAACGCCGCAUCGUACGCAAGUUUGUCAAGGACUCUAUGGAUGAGGACCGCAAGCCAUUGGGUGAUUUGGCACCAAGCAACUUUUACGGCGAGGGAUGUGAUUCAACCUCUUACGUCACUGUCGAUGCCGGUAUCGAGAAGCCUUCACGUCUGUCCAAGGAGGUUGCAUUGUGUUCCGAUAUCGAGGAAGAGGAGUCAUCAACCGUCAACGGUGCAUCGCCAACACGACAGCCCGUCGUCGCGGCUUGAUAGAAUGUUGUUGUUGUUGUCUCUUCUUCGUUUCUCUUCUCUUCUUUUGUUGUUGCUUAGCGCGUUAGGAUACCUCACUCGGCGUUUAUUGGUGCAGCCAUAUAUUUAUAGUCUACGUCUCGCAAUCAUGAGUACACGACUGAUGGAAUGCAAUUUGCUUUUUUGUUUUAAAAAACGAUACCUUUCUAGUUAGUUGCCUGUUGGCUUUGAAUAAUCAAAACAUCUUCUUCAC